CUGUAAUCACAUCCAAUCCAAUCUAACCUCAAAAAGGAAAAUAAAAAUAUAUUAACAAAUAACUAUACAGAAAGAUAAUAUAACAAAAAUAAGAGUUGGUUAUUUAAUGUUAAUUGAAUACUUGCAUCAAAAAAUGUAAACCUUUAACUUAAAGGUCACCAUGGUAUUUGGAGGCUCAAUAAGACUGAACAAGCGAGGGUACUUUUUGAUUGCCCUAAUAAUUUUGAUUUUCUUGUGCUUCCACUUUGGUAAGCAUCCCUCUCAAGAAUAUGAUAACGAAAUCAGCUUCAAAGAACUACUUGAAACUGCAAUCCAGGCAGCUGAAGCUGGUGGCAAACUGGUGGUAUCCACAAGAGAUCACAUUGAAAUAAAGUCAAAGGGGAAGACCAAAGAAGGUAUGGAUGACAGUGUUACAACAGCAGACUUUUUAAGCCAUUGCGUAAUGGAACAUAUAAUAAAGGACGCCUUCCCUCAUGUUAGGUUUAUUUCUGAGGAAACUGAUGUGCCUUGCGAAAAGGGUUUAAUCUAUGAAAUGCCGUCGAAGCCAAACCUUAAUAUAGAAGACAAAUUUGCUAAAUUAGGAGAUGUGACUAUUUGGAUUGAUCCUUUAGAUGCCACUCAUGAGUACACCGAAAAACUCUACCAAUAUGUUACCACAAUGGUAUGUGUCGCUAUAAAAGGCCAGCCAAUUAUAGGAGUCAUACAUAAUCCAUUUUUUAAAACGACCUCAUGGGCAGUAGUGAAGCUUGGACUAUCACCAGACCUUAAAAAAAAUAUAAAAAGCCAAAGUAAAACAAAUACAAAAGUGAUUAUCUCAAGAUCUCAUAGUGGCACUAUUAAGGAAGUUUUGGAGAAGAAUUUUAAAAAUCUUGAAGUUGUCAUUGCUGCUGGGGCAGGCUAUAAAUCUCUCCAAGUGGCCAAUAACAGUGUUGACGCCUAUUUGCAUAUAACAGCUAUAAAGAAAUGGGAUAUUUGUGCUGGAAACGCAAUCCUAAAUGCCCUUGGAGGCAAAAUGACAACCAAAUAUGGUCAAGUGAUAACUUAUUUUAAUAAUACUGAUGUUGUUAACAAAGAUGGUGUCAUAGCUACUUUAAGGUAUCAUGAAAUGUUUGUAAAUAUGUUAUAAUUUAAUUACAUUGUUAGGGUUUUAUUAAGUACAUAAAAAAUAGCUAUUUUUAAUAA